CAUUGUUGCGGCGUGCAUACCUUGAACAAAGCUGGUGAGCUGGUAGAUUAUUGACAGCGGCGAGCGUGUGACUCCGUCCAAGGUGCCAAGUUCCCAACUUCUUGCAGCAGACCGUUGGCUAGAACGGUCAGCGCAAGCAAAGAAACGGCGCACCCUGCCCAACCACAACCCAACCACGACCACCCCGCGGGGACGAUCCCGCCUGCUCAGCUCUAACCGACAUAGACUAGGGCCCCUGCUUAGUCGUCCGUAUCCGGAACCUCCGUCCUGAAACCACCAGGGCCAAACUCGGCGGCUGACGGCCAGCGCUGCCAAACCCAGGAUUCCAGAAGCUGGUCUAUUUGGCCUAUCUAGAGCGCCUACUAAGUCACUGGGAGGUGGUGGCGACGAUAAAAUCCACCUCGCCUCUUGGCCACGUCACUGCCACAAACCUCGACCAUCACAAGUCACAGGUCCUGUCGUUGGCUCACAGUUGACGAGACACAGGUUCUAUUAUCAAAACCGCGCCUCACCCGUGAACAUCACAAGGUCAAAGACUCGGCAGAACCAGGCGCAUUCCUGUUUUGUUUUAUCAUUUAUCAAAAUGGGCUUGGUUCGGAUGCGGGUCCGCCACCCAAACGGCACGCUCCAGGUCCAGGUUGAGGACAGCUGGACAGCCUCGCAGCUUCUCGAACAUCUCAGGUCAGAGACCGGGACACGGAACUUCUUACUGAAGGAAGGCUUCCCACCAAAGACGCUCGACCUGAGUGACUCAGGGGCGACGUUGAGCAGCCUGGGGCUCAACGGCUCGGCCAUCACCCUCACGCCGGCAGAUCCGCCCGCCGAAACCUCGUCCACCGGCGCCGGCGCCGACCAGUUAUUCUCGGCGCGCCCCCCGGAGGCCAAGCCCGAUAAUCUUUCUGUGCGAUGGCCUGAGAUGGACGGCUGUAUGGUGCUGCGCGUCAUGGCCGACGACAACAGCUGCCUCUUUACAGCCCUCUCGGGCACUCUGGCAACCGACGUCAAGGACCCGGCGCCGUACCUGCGCAACCAGAUCGCCGAGUACAUCCUGGCGCACCCAGAGACGUACAACAAUGCCACGCUCGAGAAGCCGCCCGAGCAGUACGUGAGAAACCUGCGCGGCAAAGACUUUUGGGGCGGCUCCAUCGAGAUCUCGGUUCUCAGCGACAUCUACGAUAUCCAGAUCAUCGCCGUGGACGUCAAGACCAACCAAACUUUCAAGCACGGCGAGGACAAGACGGAAAGGUGCCUGGUGCUGUACUCGGGCAUCCACUACGACCGCAUCGUGUUCGCACUCUCGCCCGACUACCCGCCCGACGCCGACAUCACGCGCUUCUCGGUCGACGACGACUCCGUCAUCGAGCGUGCCAAGGAGCUGGCCGAGAAGUUGCGUCAGUCCGGCUACUUUACCGACACGAACACCAUGGUUGUGCAGUGCCUCGUCCCGGGGUGCGACUGGCUCGGCGACGUCAAGGCGGCUAACGACCACAGCAAGACCACGGGCCACCAAGCGUUUGACGAGAUUCCGGACAGCGGAUGACGGGUUUCGGGAGGAUGGGGGAAGGGGUUAUAUAGACGAGAUAGGCACAUGGACGAUGCAUCACCACAAUCCUUUUUUUGUGAUGGCCCUUGUCGCAGCACACACAGACCCAACAUCCCAGUCACU